CUAAACUCAACCAAUUUUUUGCAUCUCAUUCUUUAUUUUUUUCCCUUCUUUAAAGGUGUAGCUGUUAUUUUGGACCAUGUGCUCAUGAUUUAUUCUUUUGGUUAUGAAUAUGAUUGUGCUAGUUCCUUUGUGCAUUGACCUUGCCGAUGGGAAACCUAGUAGUUAGAUUUGUCGAAGACAAUUACAAGGCAAGUGAAUUUUUCUUAUAGACUUGUCUGUUGGUGUAUUUCAUAUAGUUUGCUAUUAAACCUAAGUUGUAUUCUCACAUAACAAAAAUAAGAUUUUCAUGGCUAAGUACUUCUGUGUGAGGCUUCAUGCAUUGUUUGGAGUUGCACUGGCUUUAGGACUAGUGCUGGCUCGAAAGAGUGUGGAUGAACCUGGAAGACCCCCUGGCAUUGUUCUUAGUGCUGCCACUUCUUUUUGGCUUCCUGUUCCUCCUAAACGAGUCUUUGACUUCCUCCGUGAUGAAAACUCAAGGAAUGAGGUGCUUUGGUUUUACCCAUUAUACGUGUUUAGUAUAGUUCUUAGCACAAUUUGGCAAUUAGCAUAUUUUGCUUUACACUACUAAAAUAGAAGCCAAUUGCGCAAUCUUAUUUCAAAGUUUCCUAUUACUACUUCAUUCUUAAUUACAUAAAUGUACAGGUCUUUAUUCUUGUGUAAAAGAACAUAAAUGAACACGUCUCCAUUUUUUUGUUCCUUUACUAGUUU